AUGUCUGACGACGAGGAUUUCAUGCAGGAGUCUGGCGACGACCAGUACGACUUUGAGUACGAAGAAGACGAUGACGAGGAAUCUGGCGACGUCGACAUCGAGAACAAGUACUACAACGCGAAACAGCUCAAGCAAAGCGACCCGGACGAAGCGAUUGAUGAAUUCCUGGGGAUACCACCUCUCGAACAGGACAAAGGCGAAUGGGGCUUCAAGGGGUUAAAGCAAGCGGUCAAACUCGAGUUCAAGCACGGGCGGUAUGAGAAGGCUGCCGAACACUACGAGGAGCUCCUCACCUAUGUGAAGAGUGCCGUGACCCGCAACUACUCCGAAAAGUCCAUCAACAACAUGCUCGACUUGAUUGAGAAGACUGCCGAGAGCCCCGAAGCGACGCGGAGCGUUGAGAAAUUCUACAGCCUUACCCUCCAGAGCUUCCAAAGCACGAACAACGAACGCCUGUGGCUCAAGACGAAUGUGAAGCUCGCCAAGCUCCUCCUUGAUCGGAAAGAAUACACCGACGUGUCGAAAAAGCUGCGCGAGCUUCACAAGGCUUGUCAGCACGAAGACGGCACAGAUGAUGCGAGCAAAGGCACAUACUUGUUGGAGAUUUACGCACUCGAAAUUCAGAUGUUCGCCGAGACGAAGAACAACAAACAGCUCAAGGCUCUAUACCAGCGAGCGCUCAAAGUCAAGUCAGCAGUCCCGCAUCCACGCAUCAUGGGCAUCAUCCGGGAAUGUGGUGGCAAGAUGCACAUGAGCGAGGAGAAUUGGAAGGAGGCCCAGAGCGAUUUUUUCGAGUCUUUCCGUAAUUACGAUGAAGCGGGCUCGCUGCAGCGCAUCCAAGUGCUCAAGUACCUCUUGCUGACGACAAUGCUCAUGAAGUCGGACAUCAACCCGUUCGACUCCCAGGAGACAAAGCCUUACAAAUCAGAUCCACGGAUUUCUGCCAUGACUGAGCUUGUGGAUGCAUACCAGCGCGACGACGUGCUUGGCUACGAGAAGACGCUGCAGCGGAAUCCAGACCUGCUGGAGGACGCCUUCAUCGCCGAGAACAUUGACGAGGUGACGCGCAAUAUGCGCACCAAGGGUGUGACCCGACUCAUAGCUCCAUACACGCGCAUGAGGUUGUCUUGGCUCGCGGCGCAGCUCAAGAUCUCGGAGCACGAGGUGCAGGAUAUCCUUGGGUAUCUGAUCAUUGACGGAAAGAUUAAGGGCCGCAUCAAUCAACAAAAGGGAACACUGGACAUUGUGUCGGACGAGGAUGCCCAGCGUGUGGCUGCCCUUGGACGAUUGACAGAGUCCAUUUCGGAUCUUUUCAGCUCUGUGUUCAACGAUGGUGAAGGGUUCCGGACAAGCGAGCAAGGCCAUCCGGAUACUGAUAAUCAGGGUAUGCUACGCUUUCUUCAGCCACCCGAGGGCAAGAAGAAGAUGGCGGCCAGGGUCAGAGAGCGCAUGGUCUAG